AUGGGUAGCAGUAGUUCUGCAGGGGAACCAGUUGCUGGCCGCCAUGCAUGUGCGGCAUGCCGACACCAAAGGAAGAGGUGCGAAGAGGAUUGCGUUAUGGCUCCUUACUUCACAAACAAAGAUGAAGAUUUUAAAGCAGUGCACAGAAUAUUUGGCGUUAGCAACAUGACAAAGUUGCUUAAGCAACUAGAAGACCAAAAUCACAGGGGUACGGCCGUACAAUCUUUCAUAUGGGAAGCCUAUAUGUGGAACCAAGACCCUGUGAACGGACCUCUAGGAAAGUACAGAAAAUUAGAGAGAGAGAAUGAACUGCUUAGGAACGCAUUGAAUGAAGAACAAAAGGCUUUGGCCUUGGCUGCAUCCACAACGGAGGAGGAGCCACUUGCUUUGGGCCAAGAGAAUAAUAACAAUAGUGGCAAUAUCGCAGAUGAUGUGGAAGGAGUGAUACCUAUAUAUGGAAGUUCUCUGAAUUAUGGUUAUGCUAAUCAAAGUUUAGCAAUUGAUGGUUCUACUAAUGGCACUUAUACUAAUCUAUUACAAGGGCAAGAGGCCACUGAAAUGUCACAAGGGCAACAAGUAUUAGGGCAAGGGAGAGGCUUUCAUCAUGGAGUUGUUUUGGUCAAGCAAGAAGCACCAGACCAACGAAGAGUAGUUGGCCUCGGUUCUUCUUCAGAACACUUUGGGCCACAGGAGAUCAACUAUUACUCAAAGACAUGA